ACACGUAAGCUCAUUAGUGAACCCGGAUGUGCAGGCACCGUGUUAGCAGCUGUCUCCGUGUCAUAAGACCCGUAUAACAUUCUUCUGUGGAGCACAAAAGGAGAUGUUGGGCAGUAUGUUAAGGGGGUCGCACAGCGGACGUGUCUGGCGGUUCUAAAAUUGGAAACAACUGAUUUCAAUGAAGGUGUCUGGAUUUCAGUGUGUUGACCAGUGCUGCCUGAAGUGCCAGGAUGAUAAGAGCAGGAGGACUUUUGAAACUGGCAGGGCUGGUUUUUUUCCUGUUUUUGGCUGUGUUCCUUGCCUUUGAGCUUCUAGAAAAUAAAAUUAAUUUUAAUUUGGGGAAAGUGUUUGCACAGUCUGCACCUGCAGAGCCGGCCCUUACUAGACCUCCACGGCAUCAAUGCAGCCUCUCUAAAUCCUGUCCCGAGGACCAUUUUGCCUUUAAGAUCACCAGCGGAGCAGCCAGCGUUGUCGGCCCGAAAAUGUGCCUUCAGGACAACGUAUUAAUGAGUGGACUGAAGAACAAUGUUGGACGGGGUAUAAACAUCGCUUUAGUCAACGGGAAGACUGGCGAGCUCACCAAGACGGAUUCCUUUGACAUGUGGGCUGGAGAUGUGAACCUGCUUAUCAAGUUCUUGAAUGACAUAGAAGAUGGAAGCAUUGUCAUGAUGGCCACCUUUGAUGAUCCUGCAUCAAAGUUGAAUGAUGAGGCUAGAAAGCUGAUAGCAGAUUUGGGCAGCACAAGCAUCAGUGUUCUGGGCUUCAGAGAUAACUGGGUAUUUGUCGGAGGCAAAGGAAUCAAAACAAAGAGCCCCUUUGAGCAGCACAUCAAGAACAACGCAGAGACUAACAAAUAUGAAGGCUGGCCGGAGGUUCUGGAGAUGGAAGGAUGCAUUCCCAUCAGACACGAGUGAAACCAACUUAUCUUCUCUUUAAAUGAUUGUUUAUUUUUCAUGUACAGCUUUUAUCAGUGUCCCGAAUCAAAGCUGGAAAUGUGCAAGUUUGUAAUUUAUUCCUAUUAUGCAAAUUCUAACUUAUGUGAGGGAAUGCUACUUGAUUGACUCAUGACAUUGACAAUUAUGCAGUUUAAGUAUUCAUUAAAGAGUAGAUUAUGCAUUUUAAAUUUUUAUUUUCUAUAUUCCUUGUCAGCUUUUCACAUGCGAGCACGCUGAACUCCUGAGCAUUUGCCUUUAAUUUCCUUUGUUGUUGUCACAGGUCCAUAAACCGCAAUAAUAAUAGCCAUUUUUGAGUAUACGUGUCAUGACGAAAGAAGAGGGAAUUAAUCAGUAGUUUUUUAUUAUUAUUAUUAUUAUUAUUAUUUUAUAUUUCCUGCCAAAAGAAUAAAGAGUGUAUUCUCUCAUUUUUAAUCUGGCUCAAGCAGUGUGAAACUUAGUGUAUGUAGUAACAAAUAGAGUUAAAGAUCAUUUACAUUUAUUCAUUUGGCAGACGCUCUUAUACAGAGUGACUUACAGGUACAUUUUUUUAUCAGGAUGCAUUCCCUGGGAAUCCAUCUAAUGACCCUUUUAUUAUUAGCACCAUGGUCCACCAGUUGAGCUACAGAAACACUCAAUGACUGGAGGCCGUUUACACCAACAUAAAAUGUUUUACUUUAUUUAUUUCUUGGUUUUUGUCUCUUGUGUGAGUGUUGUGUUAUUUGUCCACUGGGAAGGGGAAUUUAUGUUGUUGUUGACUUUAUGAAUGCUAUACUCCAAGGUCAAUCAUGACGAAUCAUUUUAAACCCUUGCCAUGAAUCUGCCCAUCUCGCAUGUUCAUUUGCAUUUGUUCUUGUUCUGUAAAACUGGAAGCUACUGCCUCUUGUUUCUGGUGACAUUAUUCUUUUCUGUAAUUUUCUGUGAAUAUUGUUACUUUUGGGGAGCUGUUGCAAUCAAACAUUUUUACAUUAGUUGUAUUACUGUUUUGCUAUUGACAUUGAGCUUGUUUCUGUAUAGAGAUUUUGUGCAUUGAAAAGGAUUUUUGUUAUUGGUGAGAAGCUGUUACAUGCAGUUAGUGCAUAUCAAGCAAUAACAAUAUAACCACUUGGCUUAACCCCCCAUAUCAUAAUGUCCUAUAAUGCAGUUCAGUAUAUCCUGCCUUCAACCAUAUAAACAUCCCACAGUUAAUGAGUAACGUAGAAUGUAAAGUCGAUGAUUUAAUGCAUGAUUUACCUAUAUAGUGUGAAGCUGUUAAUUGAGACCCUUUAUUUAGCUAUGUGCCUUUUUUUUUUUAACCAGUUUUAUGGAAAUUAAGUCUGGGUUUUGCACAUCAUGGCCUUAAUGUGUUGCACUCUAAUCUGAGGAUUUAUAUUGUCUAGAUGAAAUCAUUAAACUUAGUAAAUCUUUUAUUUUGUGAUUGUGGAAUUGUCUCAGUUUUGGAUGGCUCAAAGAAUUUUGUAAGGACUUUUCAUAUUAAAAUGAUGUUGAGCGAAUGGUUGUUGGUUUCAUCCCUGGGUUUUGCCUUACCUUUGUUUAGAUUAAGGCAGAGAAACCCCAAGAAUAACUCUAGCCUCUGUUCUGACUCACUACAUGUGGUGUACAAAUCUAAAAGUGUACAUGUGUUUAUAAAAGAGUUUGUAGAUUCUUGGAAAGCUUCCAUUUAGUUCAUACUGGCCUACAGUGUACGUAAUAUCAAGAAAAGCUUUCAAAAGUGCACAGCUACGCAAGCUAUGAAAAUAAUGUUGAAUGGAAUCACUCAUUUUAUAAAUGCCCUGCUGUCAUCUAACCAAUAAAAAUAAUUUUUCUCUAUAACAGAUUUAUUCAAUUGUGAAAAUAGCAAGUACUGAUGUCGGCAACAAUAUAAUGUACAGACCCAGUCUAUACAAAUGUUAAUGUGUUUGGCUGAAAACUAUAUUUUUAUGCCAUCACUGAUGAAUACCAUUAUCUUCUAACCAGUAACAAUGGAAAAAUAUAUAUCUCCUGUCUCAAUUUGUGGAUGCUCUAUAAAAUGUACUACUAGUGUGCUUUGAACUGUGUUCUUAAAGAUGGUACAGAAAUAAUUCACCCAUUUACUCACAGCCUGUAUGACUUCUGAGUAACACAAAACGAGAUAUUUAGCAGAAUGUCCACUAUUUUCUAUCCAAAAAAAAAAAAGGUAUUUAUUGGGACUGUCUAGCUCCAAAAUAACUACAUAAAUGUACCUUGAGUUUCACAAGGUAACUCUUGUGAUAUGUUCACAGAAAUAUAGCCGAUAGCUUUGUGUUAGGAAUAGACCAUAAUUAAAGUUAUUUGCUGAAAACUUGCCCCGUCGUUUCUCUCAAAUCUCAUUAACACUGACUGAAGCACAUAUUUAAACCUGCCACCUUGUUUGAAAUGAUAUGAGAGCGAGUAAAUGAUUUCAGAAUUUUCAUUUUGGGUGAAUUAUACCUUAACGAGCUUAAUUCAUUACCUGCAGGUUGCAUCCUUCCCAACCAUUAUUAUGGCAUCAUUAUAUAUACACUCACUGAGAACUUUAUUAGGAACACCUGUACACCUACUUAUUCAUGUGAUUAUGUAAUCAGCUAAUCGUGUGGCAGAAGUGCAAUGCAUAAAAUCAUGUAGAUACGGGUCAGGCGCUUUAGUUAAUGCUCACAACAACCAUCAGAAUGGGGAAAAAAGUUAUCUCGACCAUGGCAUGAUUGUUGCUGGUUUAAGUAUUUCUGGAACUGGCACAACAGCCUCUAGUUUACUCAUAAUGGUACAAAAAACAAAAAACAUCCAGUGAGCGGCAGUUCUGUGGUCGGAAACACCUUGUUGAGAGAGGUCAUGGAGAAUGGCCAGACUGGUUGGAGCUGACAGAAAGGCUAUGGCAACUCAGAUAACCACUCUGUACAAUCGCAGUGAGCAGAAUAGCAUCUUAGAAUGCACAACACGUCGAACCUUGAGGCAGAUGGUCAACAACAGCAGACCACAGCGGGCACUUUAUUUGGACCUUAGUGUUCCUAAUAAUGUGCUCAGUGAGUGUAUUUC